UGUUUUUUUAUUUGAGACAAAACCUACACGAUUAAACAUGGAGUUACAUCUCAAGUCUGUCCUCUUACUCACGGUGAUCUCUUUGAGUUUUUCUGAAGUGAGAGUUAACCUAACAGCUGUUGUGGGAUCAUCUAUAACAUUUCCAGACCCAGUCAAGGAAAGAGGAUUUUUUUCAUUUGCUUCUGUUUACAAUGAAGUCUUUGAGAUUGAAGAAGACAUUUACACAAACAGACUUCACUGGAACAGCAGCACUGGACGCUUCACUCUCUCAGAUCUACUGAAAAGUGACUCUGGAGUUUACACCAUCGAUUCUAAAAAAGGAAAUGUGUUUUAUAAAUAUUAUGAAUUGAAAGUAUAUGAGCCACUGUCACUUCCUCUAGUGUCCCGUAUGAACAUGAGCGCUGACAGCUGCACUCUUCAGUGUUCAGUGAAUCUCACAGAGCAGACCACACUGAGCUGGUUCAGAGGAGAGCAGCGUGUGGACAGCAGCAGCUCUUCAGUGCUGCCACUCACUGUCCAACUGUGGGAAAACACCUCAGAGCACAAAUGUGUGGCUCAAAACCCCGCUGUUUGCACACACAAGACACAGUCUACUGGCAGAAGCUAUCGAGAGUGUUGGGUGCUCCUGAUUCAUCUGACAGUCUUUGGACUUGGGCUGGCAAUUUUCACUGCAGUGCUUCACAUGAGGGCUGAAAGAAAGAGAAGGUCAACUGAGACAAGUGAACCAAAUUAG